AUGGAUCAACCUCCAGGAUGGGCCGGUCUCGACGUGGCAGCAGUUGAGGCCGAGAUCGGGAAGAACCAAUGGCGGCGGUCGUGGUUGUCACAGCGUCUGGCAGUGCGUACCUGGGCGGGUGGAACUGGCCAAGUGGAAUCGUGCGCGCGGCCAAUGGGCAUCAUGUCUUUAGAAAUUCCAGUGGCCACCCAGCCCACCCCGCAUUCCGUGAACCGGAGCUCGAUGCUCCCUGCCGUCACUGUCGUCUCUUGCCCAGUGCUUCGUAUCGCAGGCGGAUUUGCUACAAGACUGGACGAAAUCGAGCCACGAGCGGAUCGCCAGGCGGCCAGGGAGACAGAAAGAUUGGUUUGA